AUGGCGAACACCUGUCCCAUCUUGAUCGAAGCCCAAAAACUGGCCCAUAAGGUUUCAGCGGACCCCGAAGGCUUUCUCGCGUACAUGGGUGGCCUGGAGAUUGAGAACCGACGACUGACGCAAACGACGGAGGAUCUCACGAAGCGCAAUGACGAGCUGAGAUCGAUCAUUGACCGCGCACACGAGAACUUUGUGCGCGGGUUUGAGGCUCAGCCAGCGCAAUCGAGAGAGUUGGAGAAUCGUGUGAGGGCGUUGGAGACUGAGGUUCGGCAAUUAAGGAAGGAGAGGGUGUUGUAUGAGCAGACCAAAGAUCUCAACAGAAUUUUAGAGGAAAAGAAUGCGCUUCUGAAAGACGAGCACAAAGAGCUCGUAUUAGCCAAGGCGCAAAUAAAUGAUAUCGCUGCUGGAGCAUCAGAGCUUGCACUCAGCUUUCAUCAAAUCUCCUCAGGGACUUUGGAUGCUUUCAACAACCAUUGUGCUCAUGCUGUUAGUCGUGCCCUGAGAAACAUCGGCAAGGUCCGAGGCGCCAUGAAGGAGCAAAUGGAACAUUGCCAAGACGAGACUGCUCGGGCCAACUACCUCGGGCUCUCUGCUUUAAUAGCCCAGUGUGUCGAAGGCUCGUUAUUGAAGUUGGUCUUAGGCAUAGACCAGGCUAUUUCGGCAACGCAGGUACAGUUCAAGGAGAUUCAGGGUAAAAUGGAUGGUGCCGUAGCGUCCCUGGAUUCAGAAAUCAGUUUCGACAAUUCGGCCCAGACAGUGGGAGGAGCCAAAAUUCCCAGCAUACCGGCCAAGGCGGACAGCUGCAAGAGCGAGCUGCUGAUCAAGGUUGAGGAGCUGUUCUCCGAUCAGGAUACCCUCUUCGAUUCAAGCUCAUCCGUAUCCGAUUCCGAGCAGUUUCACUGCUCGCCAACCAGCUCAGCAGACGAGCAUUACCCACCUCCCCAAUCCCGUGGGUUGGCUGAGAGGAUCCGUGAGGAGGCUGCUGCAGCGGAUCUACUCGACAAGGAGUUCCCAGGAUUCGAAUUAAAUGGACUAUAA